UCCAGUAUUGUUAUAUUACUCUCGCGUUUAUAUACUCAUAAUGACUUCCUGGUUCGACAACAAGACCUUCAGAAACCUCAAGGAAAAGAUGUUCGGCGUUAAGGAAUUCAGCGAAGAUCCCUUGACAACUGAGAGAAAAAAUUUGAUAGACUACAACUCAAAAUUGUUGCAACUUUCGUCAGAAGUUGAUCAUUUAAUCACAGAUCAGCACAGAAUGAAUGCCAAAUACAUCAACAUUGCGCGAUUUGUUCGAGAGGCGGCUGAUCCAAAGAGUUCUACUGCUACUGAAUCGACAACUGCAGCACAGGGAAUUUCCCCGGCAUUCGCGUUGUUCUCACAACAAAUGUCGCAAUAUAAUCACAGCGGUGAAAAUUCUCUUGGAGCGAUCGAAAAAGCGAAGACCAAGAUCGAUCGACUUGAUAGUAGAAUCAAAACAUUGAGAGCCGAUCUGACUGACCGCGAUCGAGCACACGCGCUAUUGACACAUUAUGAAGUGAAAACCACAGGUCUGCAGAAAAAAUAUCAAGAAAAAGUGGAAAAUGGAAACAAAUCCGAGUCGGCUAAGGAGAAUCUAGAUAGAAAUUUGGUAAAGUUUAGAGAAGCUCAGGAGAACUGUGAUCGCCUUGAUAAAAGCGUCAAAAAGGAUAUUACAAAUAUUCUCGGCAACAGACAAAGGGACGUUGGAGAAAUCGUUGAAGCGUUGUCUCGAUAUUUCGCAUCGACAGUAACGCAAAACGAAGGUUGUGUCGAAGCGCUAACACAGUCUAUACCAAAUAUGGUGGCGAAGCUCUCGAUACCUUCUACCUUGACAACACUAGAAGCUACUCCCGUGGUUGAGGCAACUGCUGUUGUUAUUCCAAAAGUGAAAACACCACAAAGUGCAAUCAUCACUCAGAAAGGAGUAGAACUGUCUACGGAGGAGCAUGCAACUGAGCCGCUGCUCCCGCGUGAUGACACCCCCGAAACAAAAUAUGCAAACGAAGUCCGCACUGCACCGGUGAGAAUAGAGGGCGAAGCGAAUGCGUAUGUGAGCACUUUUGAAGAGCAUGUACGCAAACCGAAAGGAGCUGGAGUUAUUGGGAGUUCACCCGAAAGCUAUUCUCAGCUGCAGUGAUUUAUCUAUAGUGGAAUCGUCCGAGUUUGAGGAUUUUGUACGACUCAUUUCU